UCAGAUCUUCUAUGUUCUUCUUGUCUUUUUCAUCUUCGCUUGUUCUUCUUUAUUCCUCCUUACAAAUUGAAGAAAAAACUUUGUGUUCAUCUAGUAGCGACUCAUCUGGAAGUUCCAUUGGCUCCAUCAAUGGUGUCUUAGGUGAUGGAACUAUGUCUGUAGAUUGGCAUGUUGAAAGGAAGGGGUUUGCUGUCCUUGAUGCUUUGAAGACCUCUUCCGAGUUUAGUGAAGUUGAAUUCUGUUCCCUUGAUGGAGGAAAUAAAGCACUUGUUGCACAAAAGAGAUUGCAAAAGCCUCCCAAAAGAUACAUUGAAGAGUCAUUGGAGCUUAAAUCAAGAUAUUGUAAGGGGAAAAGUGGAGCUGUCAGAUCUUGCAAGCAUUUUUGCCCAAAGGGAUCUGGAGCUACACAAUUGGUUUGCGUAGACAAAUCUUUCAAAAGAAGUUGCAUUCAAGUUCCAUUUGGUCGUCCAAUAGAGGAAGAGCACCUGAAGACAAAUGCAUCAUCUUGGGACCCUGGGGAUUGCAAGGAUGAUAGACUUCCAUUUCCAAAAGAACUUUAUGGAGAGCCUUCUUCAGCUGGGUCGCAAGCAGACAUUUCUGGGGAUGAGUUUGUUACAAGGAUUAAUACUCAAAAAGGCAGCAGUCAUAGAAAGCAUCAUAUACCAUGGACUCCUGCUGAAGUGAUGAAGUUAAUUGAAGGUGUUUCUCAGUGUGGAGUUGGAAGGUGGGCAAAAAUAAAGAGGCAAACAUUUUCAUCAUCUUCACGUCGAACAUCUGUGGAUCUCAAGGACAAAUGGCAAAAUCUGUUACGGGCUAGCUGCACUGAAUUGCAGAGCAAGAGAAAGGUCAAGCAAGGGCAAAAGCAAGCAUCACACUGAGAGUCUGUUCUGUGGCGCGUAAGAGAGUUGGAGACAACUUGUACGUAUACAAGGGAAAGCAAGUCCAGGACAUGCACUGCCCCUGUUGCCUUCUCCUUCCUAGCUACCACCAAUAAAUAAUAUGUCGGUGACUUUGUGUUACGAUCUUGUGUUUGGGAAUGUGUUUGAGAACGUGUUUGGGGUCGAUGAAUGGGUAAGGUGGCUGGAUCAAUCUUCCUAAGUUUACCUAUGGUGAAAAUAGAUUAGGGUUUUCGAGG